AGAGGGAGCCCCAGCUGACAAAGCGUCAAGGCUCCAGCCGACAAAGCGUCAAGGCGAGUUAAGCAGCAGAGCGAGUUCGGCAGCAGGGCGAGGAGGCCAGGGCCCCCCACUCUGCCCGUCCGUUCCGUAACCUCAACUAAACCGCAGUCUCCAACCCAUUGACGUAAUAAACCUUAAACAAAACUAUGCAGGUCCCUGGCAGCACCCUGAUCAGCAUGAAAAUCCUUUCCCUUCUCUUGGCUCUCCUCCUCCUGUUCUGUCCAGCUGCUCCAGAUGAUGCUUAUUUUGGCAAGCUGAGGACCUGUUCCUGUCACCCAAAUUGGUUUAAACCCCAUCCUCUCCACAGUGACAAAGCAUGCCAUCAUCACAGACAAAGGAGAACCAGGGCUCCUGACUCCAUUGUGGUUUUAUCAUCAACAUUUUCUGGUCCUUUGGAAGCCAACCUUCCUUGUCAUGAUUGCUAUGGUAAUAAAAAUAAACCUGCACAAUCUAGUGGCAUUCACAAGAGAGGCUUGAAAGAGAAAGAAAGACAUAUCUACAAAUGGUCCAUGGAGCAAAAGUUCUCAUUUGUUGACUUACCUAAAAUUUAAUUCUUGUCACUUUUGGCAUUACUUCUGUCACUGGUAGAUGUUGUUUAGUCUAAUGGUUUCCAUCCACAACUAUGUACUAGAGUCAUUCUAGUUGUACAGAAUGAUGGAAGACGGAGGUGGAAGAAUUUUAGGGAAGGUAUGUCUGCAGGGAAUGGGGGGUGUCAUAUUUUUGACUGAUGCCUGUAUAAAAACAGCAACAUAGGAAACUACCUUACACUGAGCUACAUUGGUCUAUCUAGUUCAGUAUUGUCUACACUGACCGGCAGCAUCUCUUCCAGGGUUUUAGGCAUAAGUCUCUCCCAGCCCUUCCUGGAGAACUGAAUCUGUGACCUUCUGCAUGCAAAGCAGAUGCUCUACUGCUGCUAUUUAUUUACCACUGAUAUUAAAAGUCCACAGAAUAGUAAACUGGGUCAUUCGAAAUGGGUAGCACAGCCCUCUCUGUAAUCAUGCAAUUUGACUCUUUGCAAGGCUCAGAGUGGGGGUGGGGGUGUCAAAAAUGUGAUUCUCUCCACACAUGUGAUAAUAAAGUCCAGAAUUGUUCCCACCUCUGUCUUUUUCAUUUCAUUCAGCAUAAUGUAUAGAAUGUGGUCUAUAGUAUAUAAGUGUGGUUGCAUCUAAUAUAUAUUAUACAGCAUGGCUCUUUCAUGUGUUCCCUUUUGUGGCUGUGAAGAUAACAUCAGAAGCCCUGGUGAACUGGGAAGAGGUUAUGCAAUGCCCCCCCUACAGCCAAUGAGUGUUGCCCCAGUCACUGGGAAGAGUCCACUUGAGUGAACAGGAACUUGUGUGGAUUGGAGGCCUGGGGCUUCCCAGGUGGUGUGGGAAAGAGUUGUGCUACAAUUGCUCCCAUGCUGUGAAGCUAACCUAGGAAUAUGCCUUUCAGGUUCCGCAACAGAAGCCAUGAACUGUUCAUUAAGAGAUAUUUACAUGUACAAAUAUAAACUUUUCUAAGUGCUUGUUAUAUAGAAAGUAAAGUAAGUGCUUUCUGGAAUACUUGACAAAAAAACAAAGAACCUUACCAAUAUUUUCUUUCUCUCUCUCUCACCCCAUAUGUAUAUAUAUUU